AUGGUAAGCCAGACGAUGACCCUCCACAAACUCCCAUCGACGCCAUUCAUCAGUUGCACGACAUACGAACGACACUUCACGAAGUUGGAGACGGUCCAUAACCGAGCAAGAGAGCGAUGCGCUCGGAAACGCUCCGAGUCACCCGAUGGUCCUCGAUCCCUCGAGGGAUCGAGGACCAUCACGAUCGCGAUGAGGUCGGUUUCCCGGCGCCUCCACCCUGCCCGACCUCGGCCGGGUCCCGAGAGGUCACCCGUUCGGCUCGCGGGGCCCGUAGACGCCUGGCCGUCGGGAUUCUUUCUGGUUGUGUUUCGGCCCGGUGAUGCGCGGUUUGGGAUCGAGUUCUGCGGGAUCAACCGUCUGAUACUAGAAGCUUGCCUGGAGGAAGAGGAGCGAGAGGAUCUGAACGCUUCGACCGGAAGGAACCGGACGGGCUGGGAGGAGGAGGCGCAGGGCUGGGCGGGGGUCACGGUGCACGCGGAGGAGGUCGGGAUCGUCCUUCUCGUGCUGGCGCUGUGGGUGGCAGCGGUCAUGCUGUUCUUCAAUCGGUGGGGGAAGAUUCGGAUGUUGGAGCCGUACGUUCCGCCGUCGUACGAUCUGACGAAGGACGAGCAUCGAUCGUCGUGUGCCGUCGAACCGCACUUUCUGCCGAGAUUCUCGCGAGCGAGCUUGGGCGUGGACUCCUACCUGUUUUCCCUGAAGCAGGCAGGGUCGGGAUCGACGGGUCUGGGCUACAGGAUGCAGCGACCGAGGACGAACUCCGUGUUCGUCUACAGCGGUUGCGGCGGCGGAGGGCGGAGGAGUUCCCCACCGUCUGAGCCUCCACGAAGGGCCAAGAGCGCCGAGGACAUCCAUCGGCUCUUUUUCUCCACUCUCAGACAGGGGAUCCGGCGAGGCUCCGCAUCCGUCAUUCCCGGAUCCACCUUCCCCGGAUCCACCUUCUCCGGAUCCGCCUUCCCAGGAUCCGCCUUUCCAGGAUCCGCCUUCCCCGGACCCUCCCUGUGCGCCGCACGACGGGACUCCAUGACCGACUACCUCCUGAGGUCGCCCAGAAGCAUUCCUCCCAUCCAACCCAUUCCGGAAAUCCACGCGGACGACAACGAGGGCGAGGAGAAAGAAGCCGAGGAGGAAGUCCGCGACAGCGGGCUGUGGCCACACGUCAUGACGACCAGUGUGUGACGGACAAAACGUCACGAGUCUGUCUUCCAUUCCUUCCGGUUCAUCUCCCAGAUCGACCAUUCGCUUAUGAAUCGUGUUUUCUUUCCAAAAUGGAUUUUUCAAGUCGUCGAUGCCGGUCAAUAAUAUAGAUUUAUG